CUGCUGUAUUCCACAAAGCUAGCAUUACCCAUGGUGAUGACCGUACCAUUCAUACAAAAGCUCCAAUGAGCUCCAAAGCUCCAUCUGAAGUACUGACUAAAUCCCCCAAAUCCCGACCUAGUGUCUCAAGGGAGCCUUUAACUAUAUCUGGGUGUGGUCUUCAGGCGUCUGCUGCUGUGAUCAAUGUUUCUCAGAUGAAACAAGCUUUUGAGUCAGACUCUCCAUUUACAUCAGUGACGCCGCCCUCUCCUGGGGAGCAGAGGCAAGAAACUAUCUUCCCUGAAGAGUUUAUUCCUCCAGUGGCAAUUUCCCUUGAACAACAGGAACCGGUCAUUGCACCUAAACCUGACUCCACCCAUGCUGAAGGUGGUAGUGCUGCAACAGUAGUAGACCCGUGGUCUCCCAAAGCCGUACCUGAAAAAUCUAUUUCUACAACACCCAAACCUGUCUCUUCUGUCAUCGCGCAUGCCGCUUCCUCCCUGGAGGAAGAAAACGUGAGUGAGAUAUCUGGUGAUGUUGAGGAGGGAACAGUUUUACUAGAACAUAUUUGUGUACUUAAAGAGUUUGUAGAGGAAGUUCAGGCGUCUCCAGAAUUGGUGAGGCCAAAGCCGCAGAGACCAGUUUGUCUUCCUGCACAAACAGACGCUGGUAAAGCAGAGAUAACGAGGGAGGACACUGUGCAUACGUUUGACCGAACUGGCAGCUUCUUUCCUUUCCAGUCUGAAAAAGUUCCUGCAGUGAAACGCUCGGUCAGGACGUCAGCUCUGUCUGAAGAAGCAGUUAAGCCCAAAAUAAUUUUUGAGCAUGUCAAACCUGAGCAACAGAGUGCAGCUGCAGGGUCUCUGUCUUUUCACAAGAAAGCCGAAGUAAGUGAGAAAAGUGCCGUGGAGGGUUUGUCAGAAGUUACUGAGCAACAUGUUCUCAUGCCGGUAGUAAAGCAUGUAGGUAAGGAGGAUGAACUUAUUUCAGUCUUGGAACCUUCUGUUGACAAACAUGCCAGCAGUGAACUGGUUUCCAUCCCAGAGCCUUCUAUGGACAGUGGUGUCUUCCUCAGUAUGACAGACUCUCAUACUGAUGAAGCAGAGGAAGCAGAGGAAUUGGUGGAUGAGUCUCAUGCACACAUCUGUGGCAAAGAUGAGAACAUUGAUGGGACAGCAGAACCCAACCCACGUAAUAUCAAGCCUGACAUGGAGAGCAGAGUGAAAGCACUCAGCCUACCUGUGAUUGCUCCUGCACAGGGACAGGACAGAAGUCGUUCAGAUAGAGCCUUGGCAGCUGAUCAUGGGGGAGCAGCAGCAGCAGUUGGCUCCAUGGAGGAAGAGGAGGUGACCUUUGGGGCUGUGUAUGACUACUAUAACCCUGCAACAGACUGGGGAAGACCACUGUCUCCUGAGUCUGAAAUGUCCAUUGAGAUUGGCAGCACUGUGAGUGAAGAGAUAGCCGAUGUAGCUGAGAGGUUCUACACUCCAGGCUCAUCGACUGAAGUCUCUCAGCCGAUUGCAGAAUCCAUCCAGACUCCCAAGUCUCCCAUGUCCUUCCAUACACCCAGUUCUGAUACAGUGGGUGGGUUCAUGACCCCUCAGGAAUAUCCCUUCUCCCCUGAGGGACAUAAGAGACCCUCAACAGGAGACUCUAGUGAGAGGUUCUUUUCACCACUGCAGUUCCUUAGCUCUCCUGCGGAUGAUGGUAUUAAAAUGAAGCCUCCUGGUAUAAAUGUUGAUGAAAAUCAGUUUGUCACCAGGGGCGGAGGGUCUUUAGGUCUGGCAACCCUUCAGGAGAAAGUACAGGGAAUCCCUCCUGCCUUCCUCAAACCUCUCAUCAAGAAAAGAGUGUUUGAAAUUGAGCCACUGACGUUUUUUGCUGAGGUGUUUGGCCUGCCCUCACCUGAGGUCAAAUGGUUCUGCAACAAAACCCUACUUGUAGCAGAUGACAGGGUUAAAAUGGAGAGAGAUGGUGAUAGCAUUUCGCUAACAAUACUCAACAUGACUAAAGCAGACCAGGGAGAGUACAUCUGUGAGGCUGUGAACUAUGUGGGCGAAGCCAGAAGUGUUGCUUUAGUGGUGGUUGUAUCGCAGGAAGUGAGGUUCAUGCCUGCCCCACCUGCGGUCACUCAUCAGCACGUGAUGGAGUUUGACGUCGAGAAGGACAGUUCCUCUCGUUCUCCGUCACCUCAGGAGAUUCUGCUCGAAGUGGAGUUGGAUGAAAAUCAGCUGAAAGAAUUUGAGAAACAGGUGAAGAUCAUCACAAUUCCCGAGUACACGGCCGAUAACAAGAGCAUGAUCAUAUCUCUGGACGUGUUACCGAGUAUUUAUGAGGAGAGUGCAGUGGACUUUGUCACCCAGGAGCACGAUGAUUUGAAAAUAGCCUUUGAAGUCACUGAAAUGCCUCCGAGGUUCAUCAAUCCCAUCUGUGACAUGGAAACUCCAGAGGGAACCACUGUCAUGUUUGAGUGUUCACUGAUGGGAAUUCCAUCUCCCAUCGUGUCAUGGUUCAAAGGCGACAAAAAGAUUCCUCAUAAUACCAAGAAAUACUUGCACUCGUCUGAUGGAGACAACCAUUUCCUGAAGAUUUGUAAAGUAUCCUCUCAGGAUAGCGGAGUGUACAUGUGCAGAGCAAUUAAUGUUGUUGGGGAGACGCUGUGUCGAGCCUCUCUGGUUGUGAUAAAUGCCAAGGCCUUCUCAGGUAAGACCAGAGGCAGGGAGCUGACGGCCGUGUCUCUUGGGAGUGCCAAAGUCCAGCCUCAGAAGUUUGACCUGAUGGUCGGCAACACGUCGUUUGAUGGUGAACAGGUUUCAGAAAUUGAGCUUGAGUUUGAAUUUGAGCAAGAGGUUGAUGAGUCACAGCGGGCGGUCAGGCUUGUGGCCAACACUGACAACGAACUGAGCGAACAGGGAGAGAAAUAUGUUAGCAUUAACUUUGACGUGUUUGCUGAGCCAGCAAAAGACGACAAGGUAGAGUUCAAAGGAAAGUCGUCAGAUAUUUGCAGCUUCCAGUUCCAGGUGACUGAGACCGCUCCGAGGUGUGUCAUCCCGCUGAGUGAUGUCACAGCAGCGUUAGGGACGCCAGUUAUCCUCCAGUGUCUGGUCAGCGGUAAACCCAACCCCACCGCUGAGUGGUACAAAGACGGAGACCCCGUCACAGACAGUCGCUGUAUAAUCCAGGAAAAAACCGCAGGUCAUUUCAACCUACUCAUCACCAAUGUGACUCAGAGCGAUGCUGGCGAAUAUAAGUGCGUGAUCCAAAACAUCGUGGGAGGUAUCCAUACCUCAGCGUUGCUAAAAGUGUUUUAAAGGCUGGUUCUUCCAAGAAAUGGGCCGAUCUGUCUUGAAAAGUCUGCAAAGCACGGUUUCUUUUUACAAUAGCUGGGGUUUAUGGGGUUUUAUGAGGAAUUUGUCUCUGUCUCGAUCUUUAAUUUUGUAUUUGUUAGUAAUUAAUUCUCUAAGGAUGUAGUUCUAGCGCGACUCAACUCAACAGCGAUAGAACCUGGUACCUGGUGUUUUUUGUAGUUCUUGCUCUGACGAGGUUCAGCUGAGCCGAUACUAAAGUAUGACGUCAACAGACUGAAGGUCACUGACGGAGUGCAGCCGCGCUAUGAUGACCACAUGGUCAUUGAGGAUGUUCUAUGAAGUCUUGAUAAACGACGUGACUGAUACCAAACUGAGUCGAGUCGUGAGCUAAAACUGUGUCAGAAAAGCGCCAUAAAUCUGAGCUUCUCAAAGCUCAGAUUUACAGGGGAGAACAGUUUAUGCUAACUGGCAUUUGUAAAACCUCUUUGCGAGAGCCAUUGCACUUCAGAAUGACAGAGCAGUGAUUCACGUUUCAUUGGUUUAUGUGAACAAAGCUGCUGCGUCUCAUUUCAGUCAUGAAAUAAUCCAGUCAGAAUAUUCACACACCUGUUGUUCUGCCAUAUUAGGCAUAUUUUGUUUUUAAAUAUAUUGCUAAUUAUUUCACAAAUUGAACCUGAAGAAUUCCCACAGCCUAUUUUAGAGAACACAGCUCAGAGUGAUGUUAAACGCAGUCUUCGGUGCUGCUGUAGAAAACAUUAAAACACACAGGGUUUGGGUUAGUGUUCAGUUUCAGUAAAAUGUCACACAACAGUUGAUUUGUUUGAAUUUUUUUGGUAGAGAAAAAGUUUUGUGUUUGUUUUUCUCUUAUUUGAAAAUGAAGCUGCUUUGCUUCUAAUUCAGUGACGAGAUUUUUAAGUCACGUCUUUACAAUUUAAGGAGAGUCUGUUUAAGUGAAACUAAAAGUAAAAUGAUCUUUAUUAAUAAUUUAAAUAAAGUAAUGUACAAUAAUUAGGCAUAAAUUAAAACAUCACCAGCAAUGAAAAUUACUUUUUAUUAUUUCUGAAAUCUUAUUUUGAAGGCUUGUUCAUUCAAAAUGUUCAAUAACAUAAUGAAACAAUUGAUUUUUAAACGUUACUUAACACUGUGAAACUUUUUUAAAAAUCAAAGUUUUGAUGUUUUGUAAAUAUGUGGAAUUUUAGGUCAUGUAUGUGUAGAUCGUGUUAUUAAAAAGUUAAAAAAGAAAAAACUGACGUAGAAACUGAUUUGUAUUGUUUGUACAGUCACGAUUUUGCUUUGAUAGUAUAAUAAAAGAAUGAAUUAUCUAG